GACAAAAUUCAAUAAAGUUAAACGCAUUAGACUAAGAGCAUAGUCAUUGGAGUUCUUCAUAUCAUACGCUCUAUGUCUAGAAUGAGUCACUUUCACGAUUUACUUGAAUUCAUUUUACCGAAAAAUAAUUUGGGACUCAAAGGGUUAAUAAACUUUUCCCAUUUUUAAUAAGAACAUAUUUAACUUGAAACAUGUCUUUUAAGUAUCUUUAGUCAUUCAAAUAAAUUUGAGUGAAAAAAAAAAUCUAUUCGAUUUUGCCAAUCUUGAUCUAAAACAACCUUCUUAAAUAUGAAUUAAUAUUUUGUUUAAAUCAAAUUCUAGAGAAAUUAAACUUCAUCAUCUUAUUUUAACUAGAAAAGAUUUCUGUGUUGUGUAGAUCAAUAUUUAAUCAUCGAUUAUAUUAGGAUGAGAGAAAGACCUUUUUUUUUUUUUUUUUUCUUAAGAAUGACUUUGUUCGAAUUGAGUAGGAUAUAUACAAUUUGCUUUUUUUCGUCAAUAACAACGUUCAUAAACAGCAAAUCGUACGAAUAGAAUACAUGGAAGGAUAAAAUAAUACUAUUUUUAAUCCAGUAAGUUAGUAGUAAAUUAUUGUUUUUUUAAACCAUUUUACAAACUUUUUUUCAGUAAAGAAAAUUCCUUAUUGAGUGGUGAUGAUGUUUGAAACUAGAAGAGCUAAUUUUUAUUAUACAACAUUAUAGUCAUGUAUGAAAAAUAUCUCGAUUUUUUUGAUUUUUCGUUGGGUUUUUUGUGACGCAUAUAAAUUGAUAAUGAUGAUAAAUAGAAAGCUCAAAUUUUAGUAUAAAGUAGUGGCAGAGCCAGGGCGGGACUGGGGAGGGGGGCUCAGACUCCCUCCCCCCCCAGAAACCUUUGAGCCCCACCCAGAAAAAUUUUUAAACCAUGUAUUUUAUUCGCCAGCUGGGGCUCAAAGGUCCCUCAGACGGGACUGAGCUCCCCAGCUCAAAAUCCUGGCUCCGCCACUAGUAUAAAGUAGAACUAGGCUAGUAGUAUACACACUACAAAUAUCAACUCUUUUGGUCCAACCAAUAUAUAAAAAAACAAAUGUUGCACGAUGGAUCAGAACUUAAGGAACACCCUUUAUUGUUCCACUGAGGAAGGUUCUACUAUAAUCAGACACGUUUUUCAGUCGUAUGCAAUUUUAUCAAAAUAAAUGUUAGACUUUCAUUUAUAGCAUUGAUAUGUAAAUGUUAGAUCUAUAUCAUCGAAGAGAGAAGUGAACACUCAUGAUCAAAAAUCAUGUUUUAGCGGUCUUUCAAUUGGUAUAAACUCGGUUUUUAUUGGUCUUCGCUGAGAAAGAAAUGAAAAGCGGUUCCGAAAAGAAGAUGCGAUCUUUCCUUGAAUUUACUAAUAUAAUUUUAUAUUCUUAUUUUGUAUGAGAAUUUUGUUAAUGUUCUUCUUGUUCUAGAAAUUCGAUAUUUGUUUUCAUUUGAUAUGUUGUGAAGAAAAAAACUUAAUUAAUUCUCAGUAUAGAAUAUUACUGUCUGAUAAAACUAUUUUAUCUUACGUAAAAUAAUAUGUUUAUUAGUUUGCUUCGAUUUAAAACCCAUGUGAAUCUUUCCUUAUUGAUGUAUUAAUUUAUUUUUAGAUGAAUAAAAGAGUAAAAUUUCGUUAGUUUUGUUUAAUAAUAUGUGUAUUAUUGAUAAGUGUAUAUGUUUUUAAAAAUUCAUUUUUAUUUUCAUUUAUUAAUUCUUAUUCUUCUAAAAUAUUUAUUUCAUGGAAAACAAGUUUUAAUGAUCAUGUUGAUCUAAAUAUAUUAACAAGUGAAUCAUUCAAAUGUGUUAAAAGAAAAUUAUUAUUAGAUAAAUAUCGUACAACUGUUUGUAUUCAUGAAAUACAAAAAGAUCGAGAUGUUAGUGGUCAUUUAGUAUCACAUGGCAUUUGGGAAGAACAUUUAGUAACACAUUUUAUUCGUAUACUUUCAACUUAUAAACAAUAUUCAUUUAUUGAUAUUGGUGCAAAUCUAGGUAUAUAUACAAUGUAUGCAACAUCAUUAGGUUGUUCAAAUAUAAUAUCAAUUGAAUGCUUUCGUCCAAAUAUUGAACGAAUUCAUCGAUCGAUUCAACUUGAAAAUGUUCAAAAACAAGUUGAACUUAUUCCUCGUGUACUUUAUAAUAAAUCAGAUGUUUAUUUAUCUCUUCGAGCUAAUAUUAAAAAUAAUAUUGGUUCAUAA